GUAUUUAUGCUGGAAUUGGAAUUUAUUAUAAAGAUGGAUCAAAAGAAAUUACUAAACCAUUACCUGGAAAUAUACGAACUAAUAAUAGAGCAGAAUUAUUUGCAAUAAUUAGAUCAAUUAAAACUUGUGAAAAUCAAGAAAAAAUCUUAGAAAUAAGAACUGAUAGUAGAUAUGUUGUUAACUUUGAUAAAUUAGUAAAUAAUAGAAAAGGAAAAAUUAUUUUUAUAUAUGUUAAAGCUCAUGUUGAAAUAACUGAAAAUAAGAUUGCAGAUAAGUUAGCGAGACGUGAAGCAACUAUUGAUAUGUGGAAUCAAAAAAAAUUAUCACCAUAUAACAGUUAUAUGAAAAAUACAUUUCCUAAAUAUAAAAAAGAAAAUCCUAGUUUAGAUCAUAAGAUAGCUUUUAAAAAUAUUGCAGCAAUGUAG